AUGGUGUUUGAAAGUAACCCGGGCUUCGUGUUUCACGAUUCACGCGGUUUCGAGGCAGGCGGCAAAGACGAAUUCGACAAGGUCAAGGCUUUCAUCACUGACCGUUCGACACAAGCCAAAAUCGCAAAACGACUCCAUGUUAUCUGGUUUUGUAUCCCAAUGGACGAGGCUUGCAGGUCGUUCACUGCAGGCGAAGAAAAGUUUUUCACUGAGUGCGACACAGCAAGCAUACCAGUGAUCGUAUUGUUUACAAAGUUUGAUGCGCUAUAUGGCGUCGAAUUUCGAAAGCUGAUGAAUACAGGAACUUCGCGGAAAGACGCUAAACUACAGGCCCCGAAAUGCGCCGAGGAAACAUUCACAGAUGGUCCACAAUUACAGUUUCUCAAGAAUGUCCGGUGGCCUCCAAAAUGCCACUUGCGAUACACGAUGAUCAUUGUUCCAUCAGAUAUGAACAAAGAUGAUGCAGAUUGCGGCGCACUGAUCGAACAGACGGCUGCAGCUUUGGAUGACGAAGCACUCCAGCAAUUAUUCGUCUCCACCCAGCAGACCAAUCUAGAGAUCUGCAUGAAAUAUGCGAUUCAGAGGUAACU